AGAACGAACGCCGAAUUAUACCUAAAUACUUACUUCAUUUUUUAUAUCAAUAUUGAAAGUGUCUGAGUGAAGCCAUAUUGAGUUUGCUAACAAACUGCGUAGUAGGUGGCCGCAGUCAUGGCCAAAUAUACGUUUUUUCUUGCUCUUCUGUGCGUCUUAGAGUUAAGUUAUAUAUUAGCUGAUGUGCAGGAAAGUGUCCAGUCUAAAGUGGUGAAGAUAUCUUCAGGGCCAGUGAGAGGGUACAAGGAUGAGAAAACGGGCAUCUAUGAGUUCUAUGGGAUACCGUACGCGAGCGCUCCAACCGGCGAAGAUAGAUUCAAGGCCCCAUUACCAGCUCCAAUAUGGCUAGAAACGCUAGAAGCAGUGGACAAGAACAUCAUCUGCCCGCAGUACAACGACAAGUCCCACCCCAUGCACGACCCAUCCAAACGCAUAGUAGAAGACUGUCUCAUAGCCAACGUAUUCGUACCAGACACGGAUGAGACGAACCUACCCGUGGUAGUUUACGUGCACGGAGGUGCUUACCAAAUCGGCAAUGGACUCUUCCUCACACCUGAAGACCUUGUGAAACAGGGCAACAUCAUCGUCGUCAACUUCAACUACAGACUUGGAAUCCACGGGUUCCUCUGUCUAGGCACAGAGGGCGCCCCAGGCAAUGCGGGCAUGAAGGACCAAGUGGCGGCCUUGAAGUGGGUGAACAAGAAUAUAGCGAAGUUCGGAGGAAAUCCUGAGGAUGUAACCAUCGCUGGCUACAGCGCCGGCUCGUCUGCCGUGGAGCUGCUGGCUUUGUCCAGGUCCACCCGUGGACUGUUCCACAAGGUCAUCCCGGAGAGCGGUGCCGGCGUCGGCGUGUGGAGCGUCCAGCAAAACCCUGUAGAGAUCGCCCAAAAAUACGCAAUGGAGUCUCUCAACUACACGGCCGACAAUGUGUCUGAGUUGGAGGCAUUCUACAAAACGACUCCCCUUGACAAGAUGCAGAUUGACAGUUUCUUAAGUUCAGAACCAGAUUCUACGUUUGUAUUUGUUCCGUGUGUGGAGCGGCCCGGGCCGAAUGCUUUCCUUACCGAAGCACCUUUAGACAUACUGAAGAAAGGUAAAUUUGAGAAGACGCCGUUCCUCGUCGGAUUCUCUAACAUGGAGGGCCUGUUCAGAAUUGACGUCUUCAAUGAUUGGAAAGAUAAAAUGAAUGAGAAGUUCUCUAAAUUUCUUCCGGCCGAUUUAAAGUUCUCCAGUGAGGAAGAGAGAGAGGAAGUGGCGAGUGCGAUCAAGAAGUUUUACUUUGGCGAUGAAGCCGUGAGCGAAACAACGGUGCAAAAAUUUGUGGACUACUUCACAGAUGUGAUAUUUGCUUAUCCGAUACUGAGGUCUGUGAGGCUUCAGGUUGAAGCUGGCAACACUGAUGUAUUCCUGUACGAGUUCUCAUACGUAGAAGAAGCUUUCUACCAGAUGAUGCCGUUCAAGAUUCGGGGAGCGAACCACUGCUCCCAGUCGGUGAUGGUUCAGAAUGCAGACCUCCUCAACGUACUAACCCCCUCGGAGAACUUUGAAAAGAUGCGAAAAGUAAUGAGGGAGUUAUGGAUCAGAUUUAUUAAAACUGGAAAACCCGUGAAGGAACCAACGUCCGACUUCCCUUCAGGCUGGCCGGCGUCUUCCGCUGAAGGCUCCCCAUACAUGCAGCUGGACCUUCCUCCUCAGCUGAAGGGCACUCUCCUGCCUGAAAGGGCCAGGUUCUGGGACGACAUCUACAGUAAAUAUUACAGCACGCCGCAGCCGCCGUCCACGGGUGUUGACCACUCGGAGUUGUAGUUCUGUUUAUAAAUAUUGGUGAUUAGAGGUAAGCGUCCAGCUAUUGGUAUCGUACUGUAUUAGAUCAAACAUCAAACGGAUUCUCAUAGGUAUAUGUAUGGAGAAACGGCGUCGGCAACGCCGAUGAUAUGGACGCACUUGUUUGAAUUUCUAUACAAUUAAUAAUGAAUGCGAUACGUCGGUUGCGUACGAUGCUGAAAGCAGGACGGUUAUUUUAUAGUGGCUGACUAUCGUAUGGUAUUAAAUAGUACCUACCUAGUUAUUUAGGCAAGAAUAAAGCAGUGCCGUUAAAAGAUGUUUGUUUUUAAAAUAAUAAUUAUUAUGUAUAAAUUGUAAUAACCUACCUAUUUUGAUAAUAAAGUAACUGUCUGAAAUAUUUUUGUUAUUUUUUUAUUUAAUGGGAAAUUUAAAACCAGUACCUAGGUAUA